AAAGACUUGAAUCUAGACCAGAGAGGAGAAAUAAAGGUGUAGAUGUGAUGAUGGCGCUGAGAGCCGCUCUGCUGAAGAGUAUCUGGUACGCUUUCACAUCUCUGGACACAGAGGACAGCGGGAAAGUGUCCAAAUCACAACUGAAGGUUCUGUCUCAUAAUCUUCACAGUGUUUUGAGGAUACCUCAUGACCCCGCGACCCUCGAGAGACACUUCAGUGAUGAUGAUGAUGGUCCCGUGUCCAGUCAGGGAUACAUGCCCUACCUCAACCAGUUCAUACUGGACAAGGUGGUGGAGGGAACGUUUGUCAAAGAGGAGUUGGAUGAACUCUGCUGGACUCUGUGCUCCAAGAAAUACUACCGUCUCAACACGCUCCGAGUUCUGUCCAAUCAGGACGCGCUGCGACUCUGGUGUCUCUUCAACUUCCUGGCGGAGGACCGGUAUCCACUCGUGCUCGUGCUGGAGGAGGUGGAGUAUUUGUUGAGGAAGAUCAGCAGCGUGAUGACUGUGGAGUUGAACUGUGUGGACGUGGAGGAGUUUCUGUCGCAGGACUGCGUUCAGAAGGAGGGGUUGAGCGUCUGGAGUUUCCUGCAGGUGGUGAACGCCGCCGCUGGGAGUCGAGGGGUGGACGGGGAGAGCAUGAGUAUGGCAGUGGAGAAGGUUUAUCGAGAGAUGGUGGGGAACGUCCUGAAGGAGGGUUAUCUGUGGAAGAAAGGUCAUUUACGCAGGAACUGGACAGAGCGCUGGUUCUGUCUGAAGCCCGGCUCUCUGUCAUACUUCAUGAAUGAAGACGGUAAAGAGUGUAAAGGUGUGAUCGAGAUGGAUCAGAACUGCUGUGUUGAGGUGCUGUCUGAUAGAGAUGGGAAGAGAUGCAUGUUCUGUGUGAAGACCCUCAACAAAACAUUUGAGAUCAGCGCAUCUGACUCCAGACAGAGACAAGAGUGGAUUACAGCGGUCCAGACAGCUCUGCGUCUGUCUGCAGAGGGUAAGAACUCCCUGCACGAGGAGCUGAGGGCACGUCGGCAGGAGCUGCGUGAGGAGAGGAACAGGAGGCGGGCGCUGCGGGCGGAGGAGACGCACAGGCUGCAGGAGUUGCAGGGCGAGCGCGAGGAGCAUUUGGCCGAACUGGAGCAUCUAAAGGAGGCACAGAGACAAGCUCGAGCCUCCUUACAGCAGGAGGAGCAGAGGAGGCGCAGUCAACACGAGGAGCUGCAGAAGACCUUGCAGAGACAGCUGCAAGAGGCGCAGGAGGCACGAGCGAAUCUUCGUGCAGAGGUGACUGUACGAGAUCUGGAGGUAGAACAUCAGCGCAGGAGAAUCAAAGAGCUAGAAGAUCUUCAUCACAGACUGCAAGAAGCUUUAGAUCAACAGAUCAGAGCCCGACAGGAGGAGGAGACUUAUAGAUACACACAGACCAGGCUGUUGGAGGAGGAGGAGGAGAAGGUGAAGUCUCUUCUGGCUCUACAGGAGGAACAGGAGGAGCAGCUCCUUCAGACUCAGAGAGAGAAACAGGAGCUCCGACAGGAGAUGGAGAAGAAGACUCAGGCUCUCGGGGAGGCUCAGCAUCAGCUGGAGAAAGUCCGGGCGAGUCGACGUCGAGUGGAUCAGGACAUCGCUGCCGCUCAGCGUAAACUCAGACAGGCCAGUACCAGCGUCAAACACUGGAACGUUCAGAUGAACCGACUCAUGCACCCCAUCUGCCCUGGAGAGAGGAGAUCUUUCUCCAGUGGUUCUCUUGUCCCUGCGGUCUGUGUGCCUUCCGUCAGUGAGACAGAAUCCAGAACGAGAGAAAUGCACAGACAGAACAGCUUUGACUGUGAGGAGAACAUCACACACACUGACAAUAUGGACUACAACAACACAAGUCCAUCUGAUGCUGGUGAUCAAUAAAGCUGACGUCCAGAUGAAUAAUGCUGACGCAAAGAUGAAACCUGACAUGAGUGCAGUCUGAUCUUGCACACAUAACAGUGAGCGUAAAAAUGAAUAAUGUGUUAGUUGUGAUAACGAUGAGUGUUGUUGUGUAGCGCGUGGGAGAUUUGAGUGAAACUCUUGUGGUUUAACUUCCUGUUUCCUGUGUCAGCAGAAGAUGCCGUGCUGUGUUUGUACAUGAGCUGCUCUGUAUCGAGCUGUGAAUGUAAAUAAAACUGUACAUGAGCGGAGAAUCACUGCUGUCAGUCUGUGCG